GUCGCGGCCGGAGGCGGGGCCGGGCAGCGCCGCGGUGCGCAGGCGCAGCCGUCGGUGGGUCGGCGUUCGGCCGCCUGAGAGAUCGUGAAAACCCCAGGGCGUUGUCUCUUCCUGUUUCAAGAUGGAUAACAAGAAGCGCCUGGCCUACGCCAUCAUCCGGUUCCUGCACGACCAGCUCCGGCAUGGGGGGCUCUCAUCCGACGCCCAGGAGAGCUUGGAAGUUGCGAUCCAGUGCCUGGAGACUGCUUUUGGGGUGACUGUUGAAGACCGUGACCUCGCUCUCCCUCAGACUCUUCCGGAAAUAUUUGAAGCAGCUGCUGCGGGCAAGGAAGUGCUGCAGGACCUGAGAAGCCCCGAGCGAACUCCACCUUCAGAGGAGGACUCGGCUGAGGCAGAGCGCCUCAAAACUGAAGGAAACGAGCAGAUGAAAGUAGAGAACUUUGAAGCUGCCGUGCACUUCUACGGGAAAGCCAUCGAGCUGAACCCGGCCAACGCCGUCUAUUUCUGUAACAGGGCCGCGGCCUACAGCAAACUCGGGAACUACACUGGGGCCGUGCAGGACUGUGAGCGAGCCAUCUGCAUAGACCCGUCCUACAGCAAAGCCUACGGCAGGAUGGGCCUCGCGCUCUCCAGUUUGAACAAGCACACCGAGGCCGUGGCCUAUUACAAGAAGGCCUUGGAGCUGGAUCCUGACAACGAGACCUACAAGUCGAACCUCAAGAUAGCCGAGCUGAAGUUGAGAGAGACGCCCAGUCCUACAGGAGGCGUCGGCAGCUUUGACAUCGCCGGCCUGCUCAACAACCCCAGCUUCAUGAGCAUGGUAACCUGCGCUCCCAUCCCCAUGGGGGCCGCCUGUCGCGGGCCAGGGCUGCCCGGCCUGGGCAUUGCUGACUCUGGGCCAGGCCGUUCUCUGGGGGCCUGA